UUGACGUGAACUUCGGUGUUCAUUUCAAACCAGGAUAAAAAUUCGAUAUUUUGUGUCUAAAUGUAAAUUUGUGGUCAUUUGAGUAAGCCUUAAUGUCUCCAUAUCCUACAGAGUACAAGUACUGCCAACCUUCUUGGGCAAGUGUCAGCUGAUUUCUUUAAUGAAAUACAGCACCUAAAGUGGGAAAACUCGUACAGAAGCGCAAUUUGACAUCCAGUAAGACGACUAACUAGUGGCAUGAGAGAGGCUGGAUGUUGGUUGGUCAAGGCCUACCCCUCCCCAGUCAGGACAGCCAGCUCGUCAAUUGGAGUUUCUGUGUACGUGACGUUGGAUCUGUGCAUGACUUGAUUAGAUUGAUUGGUUGUAUUGGACAGCCAUGGAUCGCAGAUCUAUCCUUGCACGGUUUGUGGAGGUGACUGGAGCCGAACCUGGUCUGGCCCAAGAUCUUCUUGCAGGGAAGCAAUGGAAUCUCGUUGCAGCCAUGGAGGACUACAUGCAACUAACAAGCAACAACGCCCCGGCAUCCUCCAGGACCACUCCUCAAAAGCCUUCUGCUACCCUACAACACACUGCACAAACAGCUCCUAUCGGCCACCAACCCAACCAACAGGAGCAAGCACCACAGAGGAAGUUGGGGCAUCAACCAUUGGCACCCCUCCCCGAGCUACAAGUGGUACAUCCCAUGACUUCCUCUACAGUGAGUAAUAACAGUGUCGGGUCAUUAUCCAGUAGUAGCAGCUCAUCUGCAGGAAGGGACACUGAAGACUCGUCGCGCCCGUCGUCAGAACUAAAGUUGUUCAUCCCGAAAGCCGGCGAGAAGGAUGCGCCGAGGUCACCUGGUCUAAACAAGAAGCUCCAGCGUGGCAUCUCAAGGGCCAACUGUGCCCUGGUGGACUUUAGUAGGAAGAAAGUGACUGAAGACGAGCACGACCACUCCCAUUUCUUAGUGGACACACCCAUGUAUACCUUCAUCUUACCCGAUCUGGCCAUGUUCCCUGCGGACUUCAGGGCUUUCAUGGAGAAGGAUCUACUAGAAAUGGCCACAAUGGCAAACCUAGAACAUGCAGGUCGCUUGAACUGGUGGGCUGAUUGCAAAGCCUGCAGCCGUCUCUGGCCAAUGGCAACCACAGGGGAUGGAAACUGUCUACUUCAUGCUGCAUCCCUUGGAAUGUGGGGAUUCCAUGACAGGCAGUUAACACUCCGUAAGGCCUUGUACCUAUUCCUGACAGAGAACCCUCAUAGUCAACAAAUGGAGAAACUGAAGAGACGAUGGCGAUGGCAACAGACAGAGGUCAAUAAAAAGUCUGGUCUUGUUUACUCUGAAGCUGAAUGGGAGGAGGAGUGGAAAGCUUUACUGCGACUAGCCUCGGCUGAACCUAGAACACCGUUAUCCGGUGGCACAAGCAGGAGCUCCUUACCAACGCUGUCCGAAGAGAAGCCACCCACACCCACAGACCUUGGCGAGGAACUGACCUACGAAAGCCUGGAAGAGUUCCACGUCUUUGUACUGGCACACAUCCUCCGCCGGCCCAUCAUCAUCGUCUCGGACACCAUGCUGAGGGACGCAGACGGUGAAGCCUUCGCUCCGAUCUCCUUUGGCGGGAUCUAUCUUCCACUGGAGAAUCCUUACAGAAGAGACUGCGAGAUAUCGCCGCUGGUCCUGACCUUUGACACAGCACAUUUUUCUGCACUGGUCCCCAUGGAACAAGAUGUGGUCGACUAUGAGGGGCAAGAGGAGAACCAGUCUUCACUUCCAGUUGUGAUUCCAAUCACAGACUGCGAUCACAAGUUGCUCACCGUGCAGUUUGCAGUGGAUCCUGGUCCAGCUUGGCAAUGGAGUAGCAAACCCAGCAGCCACGCAGAGAAGACCUACACUCUAAGUGCCUCAGAUAAGCUCAGGCUCCUGGACAAGUACAUGAAUCUAGUCAAGAUACCCAUCAAAAAUAAAUGGGGAGAAGAUUCAUCGGAGCAGUCUUCCCCGAGGUCUUCCCCGAGGUCUUCCAACGGUCUAAAGAUCGCUAGCUCCAGCCAGAUCCGGCAGGGAUCAUUCGGCAGGAAACUGAAACACUUUACAAAACUUGAAAAGAGUAAGAAUGGAAGCUCCUCUGUGGGGGUUAGGAACAGCAGUGGGCCUGUAUCCCUGGCUGAGCUUGAAGACCCUAGCAUUAUUGUUGGGGCGAGGUUGAACGAACGACGGCAUCAACUACAAGACGAGAUGAUUAAAAAUUACAUUGACAAGGCUAAGGAGCGAUUUGAAGAGGAAUGCCAAUCAAAGACACUGCAGAGAGAAGAGGACCGUCAAAGGCGAGAAAACCUUACAGGCUCUCAUCAGAACACCCGUGUAUCGCCUCCUGCUAAUUGGAAUGAGUCUUACUCUAACAGCAGAGAAGCUUAUCAUAGUAACCCAGCACCCCCGACGCUGUCCCAAAACUACCCAAGGCAGAACCAGGGUUACGUGAAUAGGCAACCGAGCCCUGAGCCUAUCCGACGAUCCAACCCACAACCAACCCAUCUGAAUAGUUACCAGACUCCAUUGACACAGACAAUGAGUAAUCCUGUGCCACAGUCACACAGGGCUCAACAUCCACAGUACCAUCCGCCUGUAACUAACUCAACAAGCUUCCAGGUUAGACCGUUGGGAUACCAGCAAGGCUACCAGCAAGGCUACCAGAUGGACGCCCCGGUUGAGUCAACAGUGCUAGUUAAUAAGGUCAAUGUCAAGCCACAACGUCAAGUCCCGAUCAACAGGCAACAAGGGUUUGAAGAAAGAUCUGGUGGCAUGACUCGCAUCACACAGGGUAUUCAGCAACUUCAGCCUACAAGCGUGUACCAGCAAUCACCACCACAACAACCCGAUAUGCUACCACUGGUCGCUAGAUCCGCCCAGGUGGUGUCGCAGCAACCUUAUCACUCUACCACUAUGGCAUCGCUGUCGCUGCAACCCACACCAACUGGUUCAAGGUCGCCCCAAUCGCCCAAUUCACCCCAGUUGCCCCGUUCACCCCAGUCGCCCCAGAGACCCCUCUCCGCUCAUGUGCCUCAAUCCAGUCAAGCCCCCUCUUUGCUUCCUCCAUCAAAGGACUCCCCAAAGCUGGCUAAAAAGGAUGCCGGCAAAAAGUCAAAGGGACUCUUUGGAACAACAGGUAAAAGUAAGUCAAAGGGUACAAGGCCCUGCAAGAAUAAAGGUUGUGAUUUCUAUGGUACAGAAAGCACUGACUAUCUUUGUUCCCAGUGUUAUGAUGUUAAGAAGAAUUUGAAAUCUGGCAGGAAAUGAAUUACGCAGUCGUCUUGCUGGCUACUGCUGUUCUGACUCUACCGACUAGGUAUUUAGCUAUCAUGCGACCACAUUCCUCCCAUAUCCUUUUCUCCCAUGUCCUGUUUAGACUUGGAUAAGAUUGGAAUACCUGACCCAGUGAUAAGCAAUCGUUACUUGGGCCUAUCCACCCAAGUCCUUCUAAAUCGAUCACUUUGACAAAUCCAGAUGAAUCAUUCACUUUUUGAUUUUGAGACCUCGGAUUUAAAAUUUGAGGUCUCGAAAUCAAGCAUCUGGAACGCACACAACUUCGUGUG